GCAUUAAGCUUGACUUCACGUGACUGACGCAUGGCAUGUGUGAGGCAGCUUAGCUUGCAGCGCUCGCAGGAAGUCACAUUGACAUCAAUGCGAUCGAUGCGAUAGAUAAGAUAGACACGAUAUACCCAACACACACACAGCCCCACGCCGGCCGAUUAACCAAACCCAUUGGACACACCCACACUUACACACACUAUACAGAUCGACCAUGACACGCCACACAUCCACACAUCCAUCCAUCCAUCCAUAGACAGACAGUGUAAAAGAGCCACAUGUGCGGGUGGGUCGGGUCAGUCAGUAGUCGAGGUCUUCGAUAGCCAGCUGCUGCGCGUUCUGCGAUAUGAAGUCCUUCCGCUGCACCACGUUGUCGCCCAUCAACACGCCCACCAGACGAUCCGCCUGGCCAAUCACACACACAACACACACAUGGAAGUCUUCGCCACACACGAGUUGCGAAUCACCGACGACUGACCUGCAGGGCGUCAUCGACUGUGACUUUCUUGAGGAGCCGUGAGUCGGGGUUCAUAGUCGUGUCCCACAACUCCAGUGCCAUCAUCUCACCCAGACCCUUGAAGCGCUGCACGUUCACCCCACUCAGGCCCUCCAGAUACGCCGCCACGUCGUCAUCUCCCUCUCCUUGGGUCGUGACAGGUGCCGGUCUGUUCUGCAGCCGCCUGAUCUUCUCCAGCACGUCGAUCAGCUCCUCCUGUGUCCAGGCAUAGCUCUCCGUGGGGCCUUUCUUGCCACCGCCGCCCUUUUUCUUCUGUGGCUGUGGUGGCCGGUUGGCGGCGGCUGCUGCCAUGCCGGGUAGUGGUGGGUGGUUGACCUUGUAGAGUGGGGGGCAUGCGAUGUAGACGAACCCGUCCUGGAUGAGGGACCGCUGGUAGCGGUAGAAGAAGGUGAGGAGGAGCAGCCGGAUGUGGGCGCCGUCGACGUCGGCGUCGGUCAUGAUGAUGAUCCGGUGAUACCUACGCACACACACAUGGAGGGAGAAAAGCGAUGCUGGGGAUGGAUGGAUGGUGCGUGUGUGACGGACCGGGUCACCUGAGUGUGGAUUUGUCGAAUUGCACGUCGUCGUCUCCCUCUCCGUCUCCUGACGCCUGCCGGGGGCUCUGCUGCUGCCCGUUAACCAUCACACCCAGACCCAACGCCGCAAUCAGCGCCUGCCCGUGUCCAACACACACAUACACACACAAACUGUGGAUGUGUGUCAGCAUUGAUGUCUUCACGACCCACCCACUGCGGACCUGGAGUUCUUUGUUUUGGUAUAUCUUGUUCUCCAUGGCGACUUUGGCGAUGUUGAGGAUCUUGCCACGCAGCGGCAGGAUGGCCUGCGUCCGCCGGUCCCGACCCUGCACACAAACCACACACGCCACACACACCGACACCGACAGAUGAGCACGGAGCCACCCACAUGUGUGUGUGUGUGUGUGAAAAAGUCGCUCAGUCUGACUUGCUUGGCCGAUCCGGCAGCCGAGUCGCCCUCGACGAUGAAUAUCUCUGACUCUUCGGGGCUCUGGUUGGAGCAGUCGGCCAACUUGCCUGAGGAAGAAAGAGCAACACUCAGACAUACAGUCUCUUGUGUGGCUGUGCUGUGUUUGUGUGUGGUCAUGGUCAUGAAUCGUCACCUGGCAGCACAGUCGUCUGCAGGAGAGUCGACUUCCGCCUCACCAAGUCACGGGCGGCACGCGCUGCCUCAGCAGCAGCCUUCGCACUGGCCGCCUGCACACACACACACACACAAACCACACACCCAUCCCUCCCUCCCUCCCUCCCUCCCCAGUUUGGCCGCCCACCACCCACCUUUUCCACGAUGUUUUGCAGCAGCUUCGGCUGCCAUUCGAACACCGUCGUCAAGUACUCCACCAUCAUUGCGUCGACCAGUGUGCGGAUCUCAGGGUUGCCCAGCCUGUUCUUGGUCUGCCCCUCAAAUUCAGGGUUGGGCACCUUGACGCUGACGAUGCACGUCAGUCCCUCCCGGAUGAAAUCCCCGCCGAGGGUCUCCGCAACGCCCCCCGUAGAGCCGCCUCUCUUGGCGAGCUGUGGGUUCUUCUUGAUGAAGUUGUUGAUGACCUUGGUGAGGGAGGUCUUGACGCCGUCGAUGUGGGUGCCGCCGUCCUUGGUUUUGAUGCCGUUGACGUAGCCGAUGAGGUUUUCUCGGUAUUGGUCGGCAUACCACCCCAGGGCCACCUCCACACCGACGCCGUCACGAGAUCCGGACAGACUGACAGACAGGCGGAGAUAGAAAGAAAGGUCAAGCAAGAGUGUCUGUGUGUCUGUGUGUGUGCGGUGGGAUGGCUCACAAGAGAACAUCGCUUGUGGGGCUGGGCGUGUCCGGUGGUGUGUCAGUAGUCUUGUUUUUGCCGCUGCUUGCCGGUGUCUGUGCGGCGGGGUGCAAUGACGUCUUGCCCUCACACAUCUUGUGCAAGUACUCCACCAGUCCACCACUGUGGUGGAACACAUCUUCCCUCCUCGGCUCGCCGUCUCCCACACCCACACCCACACCACCAUCAGCACCCUUUUCUCCUCCCGCCGUGGCCAUUCCCUCAUCGCCCGCUGCCGGCUCCUCAUCUGCAUCCCCAUCUGCCGGCUCUCCCUGACCUCUCUUGAGUCUCGACGCCACAUAAAGAGGGUCUCUGAAGUCUCUGAGCGUGAUGGUGAGCCCUGGGUUGAGGUAGGUGAGCUCGUCACACCUGCCCUUGAGGCGGUCGUAGUCGAACACCAGGUGGGCCUCCUUGAAGAUGGAGGGGUCCGGGAGGAACCGCACGGUGGUGCCGCUGGUGUGUGUGGCGUGGGAGGGGCUGGGGCUGGCCUGGGCCUGGAGGGGGGUGGUGACCUUGCCACGCUCGAAGCCCAUGCUGUAGCUAUGGCCGCCUCGAUUGACCUGCACUCAUCGCACGGACACACGCCAUGCACACGCCGGACAGGUGCAUCCCUCACUCGCCCACCCACCCACGUACCUGCACGUCGAGCCACUGGCUGAGUGCGUUGACCACACUGACGCCCACCCCAUGCAGUCCACCAGACACCUUGUAACCGCUCGUCACUCGCUGCUGCUGGCUGCCGCCCUUCUUGCCCUUUCCCUUGCCGCCUUUGCCCUUGCCGGGCUUCGCACCAGCAGCAGCGGUCUCGUCGAGCAUCUGUUCGUCGGGCGGGGCGUUGCCGAACUUGCCGCCCGCGUGGAGGACCGUCAUGACUGUCUCGAGGGCGGAUCUUCCGGUCUGCCGAUGGAUGUCGCAGGGGAUGCCGCGGCCGUUGUCACUCACACUGACCGACCUGCACCAAUCACACACACCAUGACAGGCAGGCAGACGUGUGUGGCGUGGGGUGGGUGGGGAGGGUACCCACCGACCCGUCAGUGUGGAGGUUGAUGUGUAUGUGGUUGCAGUGUCCCGCGAGUGCCUCGUCGACGGCGUUGUCGACCACCUCCCACACCAAGUGGUGAUAGCCCGUCACACCGGUGCUGCCGAUGUACAUACCUGCACAGCACACAUCAGACAUGACAUCCAUUGAACAAAGGGAAAAGAGGGAUGGGUUCAUGGCCUGUCGUGUUGUGCUGUGUUGUGUUGUGUUGUGGCUGACCUUGACAACCACAAACAGGAGGGAGCAGGGACAGGCACGCACACACAGACAGACAGACAGACAGACAGACAGGGACAGGCGAAAACAAGAGAGAGAGAGAAACACGAGUGAAGCAGCGUAGGGUAUGCCACAUAACACAACAAUGUAUACCAUCAACACGUGCACACAUACAUCCCAUCCCUUCAACACAACACGCCUUUCCACACACAGGCAGUACCAACGGACCGAUCUAGGCACACACACGUGCACUGCUAUGCUACCCAACUACUUGUCACUCAGGUUUUGAGCGAAUGAGUUUUCGGCAGCUACUUGAAUUACUUGAUGAAAUGGAUGGCGUAUGUACUUGUGUGUGUGUGUGUGUGUCCCUUCUCCCUCCCCGCCCCUCUCACCUGGUCUCUUCCUGACGGGCUCCAGCCCCUCCAGCACCGUGAUCUGGUCUGCAGUGUACUCGUCAACCAAACCAGCAGCGGCUCCAUUCACCAAGACACCGCCAUCCACACCCACACCCACACCCACACCAACGUCAGCCAGAGACGACGGCCGUGGCGGCAGGACAUCGGCUGUCUUAGCUCUCGCUCUGGCCGGUGGCGGCUCGAUAGACGCAGUACUGGACCUGGCGAAGCGGCGACACGACGGGGAACGGGACAGCCGCCCGCAUGACGAUGGCAUCGCUGGGGAGGAGGGGGGGGUGAAGGAAUGGGAGAGGGCAGACAUCAUCAGAACCAUCAAUGUCAGCAUCGGCAGCCGUGGAGCGAUGAGUGUGGAAGCAUCGGAUGCCCUCCUGUUGUUCUGUCGCCCGCUGCCGUCACGAUAAGCAAGGGAAGGUCCUCCUCCCGCAGUAGCUCCGGAUCGCAUCGACGAGCAGGCUGAGGAUGAGCAUGAGAGAUGGGUCAUCUGGUGCGGGGAGCGCCUUCGGCACCUCAGCAGCAGCAAGAUCUCCGCCUCAGCAGCACAUGAUUCAUGAGUAGCGGUGCAGCGCUGACGCCGAGUGCUCCUCCUCAGGCUGGUCCUCAGGCCCAAUAAAGCGGUUCAAAGCUUGCAUCUUCC